AUCGCUAGCCACUCAGUCGCAAGCCAUUGCUCACGGGCAAACGAUAUCGUGUCCUGGUACCGAUUGACAAAUGGCCGCGUACGUCGUGAUACCGGUGAUAUUGCUCACAAUUAUAGCCAUUUGGCUGGCCGUGUGGUUGUACGACCGAAGGUUUAAAAAUCGAUUCAGUAGCAUUCAAGCGAACAGAGCUGCAGCGAACACAACCUGCCCUAACAAUCAACAGCCUGGAAUUGUGUACACAAUUCCAAAUUCCGGCAAUAAUACUAGCGAUGGCAGAUCCCCGCAUACCGGCACCGAUGAGCGCGUGCGUUCGCCUAAUAACGGCUAUACAAACCAAACCUUGAUUGUCAUCAGCGCAGCACCAAGAGCAGGAGGAGUAGUCCGACAUGAUCUUCCACCAUCAUAUGACCAAGUGAUCAACACCAGGGCAGUAGAAAAUAGCGCAGCACCAUCAUAAAUCUCUCGGUCUAUUGCAGACUUCCCAGUUCUUUUUCUG